AAAACAAUUGACGGACUCUGGAAAAAUAAGAAUUAAAACCAGUUUUAAAACAAAAACAUUGAAUCGACCAAGAGCGAGCUCCACAGCAGAGACGAGACUGCUGACUCCAGGCCCCCCUCCCGCACACACUCACGCACACAGAAGGCAGCCUUGACCACCAUUGUGGUUUUUUUGUGUGUUUGGUUUGAUAAGAGCGGAGCGCGGAGAGGCAUUCAAUUCCGUUCCGUUUGUUUUGCCCCACGGUACGGUACGGAAGAGACACACAAACGGACCCCAACAUCAGGCAUACAUUCGACUUGAUUGGCAAAUUCAUUAUUUCAUUACACUCUCGUUAUACCCGCCUCCGCCCCCGCCUCCACGGUGUGGUAUUGUUUCUGACUUAGGUCUGGAUUGAAUGCGCAUGUUUUGUCACUAUUAAUAGGCCAUUGUUGGAUUUAAGGGCACACCACACUCACUCGCUCACUCGAUUCGUGCUCCAAAAAAAAGAUUAAACUGAACAAACCUCCAAAACAGACGCGCGCGCUCUCUACAUCGUGCCAUUUUCCAUAUCUAAAAGAAUACGUAAUCAUCAGUUCGGUGGCCGGGUGGCUGUGUCGCCAUAAGAACUAUAACAACAACAACUACAACAAUUAAAACUACAAUUAAAAUGGUUUCCUACUUUGUACCUCGCGGUCGCGUCCUGCUGAAGGCCGGCAACCUGAGAAAAGUGGUCCAGCCUCAGCAGCCACAGCAACUACAACUACAAGCAUCCAAGCCUGCGCAGCAACAAAAUGGAAGCUGGCCUGUGGCCCGGCAUUUCCGGCAGUUCUCCUCGAACUCCUCCUCCUCGGGGAAUGCGCCGCUGCAUCGCCUCAAGGCGCAGCCGCAACCUCAGCCGCACAGGCAGCAGCUUAAUCCGAACCAGAACCUCGCCCAGGUGCGUCGCAAUGUGCUCUCCCGCUGGACCGGCUUCCUACUGCGCUGGGCCCCCAUGGGCAUAUGCGUGUUCGGCGCCAUCGAAUGGCAGCUACAUAAGAAACGCUGCGAACGUGACGGCUCGCCACGCACCGCCUCGGAGUUCCAGUCGCGCGUCUACUGCUCGCUUCCGCUGCGCAUCAUCAGCCGCUGCUGGGGCUGGCUGGCCGCCUGCUACAUGCCCACGACACUGCGGCCCUACGUCUAUGGCUGGUACUCGAGCGCUUUCAAUGUGAACCUGAGCGAGGCCCAGUAUCCGGAGUACGAGCACUACAACAGCCUCGCGGAGUUCUUCACGCGGCCCCUGAAGGAGGGCGCACGCACCAUCGAUGCCCAGGCACCGCUCGUCUCGCCUGCCGAUGGCAAGGUUCUGCACUUUGGCAGCGCCUCCGACUCGCUCAUCGAGCAGGUGAAGGGCGUGAAUUACAGCAUCGAGGACUUCCUGGGGCCCCUGCAGACGCUGGAGGAGGCCAAGUCGGGCGUUAGCUAUGCGCAGGCCCUGAAGCGGCAACGCGACGGCACCACCGAGCUAUAUCAGUGCGUUAUAUACCUGGCGCCCGGAGACUAUCAUCGCUUCCACUCGCCCACCGCCUGGCAGCCGACGGUGCGUCGUCACUUCUCCGGCGAACUGCUCUCGGUGAGCCCCAAGGUGGCCGGCUGGCUGCCGGGUCUGUUCUGCCUGAACGAGCGCGUCCUCUACAUGGGACAGUGGCAGCACGGCUUCUUCAGUUACACGGCUGUGGGCGCCACCAAUGUGGGCUCCGUGGAGAUCUACAUGGAUGCUGAGCUCAAAACCAAUCGCUGGACGGGUCUCAAUGUGGGUAAGCAUCCUCCGAGCACCUACGAGUACGACGAAGUCGCCCUGAACGCCGAGCCGAAGCCAAAGGAGCUGGGCAAGGGCGAUCUGGUUGGACAGUUCAACAUGGGCAGCACCAUUGUCCUUCUGUUCGAGGCGCCAAAGAACUUUAAGUUUGACAUUGUGGCCGGACAGAAGAUCCGCGUGGGCGAGUCCCUAGGACACAUUGUGGAGCGUAAGUGAUGGAAGGAUCCAUGUGUCCACGUCCCACGUGCUCAUCCCACGGAUGGAAGCCAAUUGUGAUGCCUAUCCAAGAAUCAGUUCAAAGCAAAACCUGGCCAGCCUCCGGCUAGUUGAUAGAUUUUAUCACAUUUUGUAUUACUGUAGGAGCUCCUCUUCCCUAGCGUAUUUUGAUGUGAACAUCCUGCUAUGCUCCCUGCUGUUGCUGUUGCCAUUUCUAUAGUUUUAAGCAAAUAUUUUAUAUGUCUUUAUAUAAUAAAUGUCGAAAUAUCGUUGAAUACAA